UGCUGCGCUAUGGUGUACCAUAGCUGCGCGUCGCAGCAUUGCUUUUGCUUCUUGUCGAGUUGAUGCUCCCUCCAAGUCAGCUCACACCUCUUAACGAUUACUUUGUCUAAGAUGUAACGUUUUGUUGUUUUUGCGUACCAUUACAAAUCACUUAUAGCUGUGGACUUAGCACAUCUUUAGACACGUGCUCGUCGGCGACAUGGCUGCGACAAGCCAGCACUACUACUACCUCGGCAUGGUAGAUGAACCAGUCGGAAACGAUAGCACGUCGUGGCAAACUAACAAAGUUGGAGGUCUACCCGACUGGACUACGAGUGCCAUGAAGUCAUUACCAGGCCUGGAGUGCCCUCGGUGCUCCAGGAAUAUGUUGCUAGCAAUUCAGAUUUACAGCCCUUUGGAGAAGAGUGAAUGGUACCACCGAACCAUAUACAUAUUCUGCUGUAUUAAUCCAAGCUGCUGGAACAAGCAGGAGAGCUGGAAGGUUAUUAGAAGCCAGGAGCGUUCAUCACAAGCAGAGGAGACCACUUCCCCUAGCAGAUCAAAGCCUUCCAUGUCGUGCGACUGGUUGGAGGGCCAGGAUGACUGGGGUGACGCCUUGUUUGUUGCUGGGCCAUCACCUCAAAAAAUGUGCAGUGGUAACACUCAAGAUCUGGAAACGAGUCUGGGCUCGCUGUCUGUAUCACCAAGGAGUGCACCAGGUUCCCCACCUUCAAACAAAGAAGACUCUAAUGAUUAUGAGAUGGAAGAAGUAGCUUCGGUUGAGCCCGAGCCCCUGCAAGACAGUCAAGCACUGGAAACCAUGAAGGUCCUGAGAAGCAGUGAGCGAGAUCACAAAGAAAUGUUGAGGGGUUUGCAGCGGCCGAGUGCAUUCAAGAGUUUUUACAUUUCUGUUGUAGAAGAGAGCGCAUCACCUGGUGAGACUGCGGCUGAUGUGCAUGCCAGGAAGUUGUUGCAAGAGUAUGAAGCAGGAGAGGAAAAUGCCUUCCGGAUGCCCAGCAAAGGGCAAGGAUGCACGACAUACGCACAGGAGUUGUACGAGAAGGCAUACCACAGCGAUGUCAUAUUCCACAGGUUCCACAAACGCUUGCGACGCUAUCCCCAGCAAUUAAUGAGGUUCUGCUGGGAAGGAGAACCACUUUUUAUUUGUCCACCACCACCAUCGUGGGAGCCCAACAAAUGCGAAACAUGUGGUGCUCGGCGCUGCUUUGAACUCCAAGCCAUGCCAGCCCUCAUUCCGAGCUUGAAGAUUGAAGGUUGUGAUAAGGUGCGAGGUGCACCUGUAGAGUUUGGGACGGUGCUCGUCUAUUCGUGCAGUGCCAGCUGCUGGAAGGAGGGAGACAAAUGGCAACCUGAAGUGGCACUUGUUCAGCGAGAUCCAGAUGCUGUAUUUUGGGAGGCUGACUUAUAGCAAAAUAUAUAGCAUUUCUCAAUUU